CUAAUACCAUGUAAGAUAAUGGAAAGCAUGUUAACUAUCUACUUAUGAUACAAUAUAAUUAUAGAAAACUAAUUAUGACUAAUUAUAAUAAAUAUUCUAUUCUAUCAUAUUGAAGCUACGGAAUCCAAUUCACAUAAACUUUUCUUAAAAAAAAAAAAAACUUAUGUUUGAAUUUGUAAUAGUUAUUUCGUCUACUUUUGAAAUAGUAUAGAAAAUAUAAGCCUUAUGACAACUUAGGAAAAAGGAAAAUAUAGUAGACUGUAUGUAAAUUCUAUAGGAAAUAUAUUGAAGUUUGAAAAUAGUGCCUUUCUUAGUCAAAAAUUUAAUUAAAAAGGAAAAAAAUAAAUUGCAUGGAAAGAGAGUGGAAAUUUCGUGGGUGACUUUUGAGUUGACUCUCUGACGGACUGAGAACAUAACUAAAUUCAAACAUAAUGAACUGAAUUGCCUUAAAACAUAACCUCAUCCUCCUCUUCCUCUUGCUGUUCUCUUCUUCGUUCUCAACAUAAUGGAUAAUCAUAUCAAUAUUCCUAUGAUCAUCUCUUUCUUCUUCUUCUUCUUGUUAUUAAUAAUAACCACUUUUUUCCCACAACUAUCCCACUCUCUACCACAACAACUACCUCAAACCUUAAACAGUUAUUCAAUUUGUAAGCAACAGUCUUACAACUGCGGAAAUAUCACCAACAUCUUUUAUCCAUUUUGGGGACAAGAUAGCUCUACUUACUGUGGUGCCGGAAGCCCGUUUUACCUAAACUGCCAUGAAAACGUUACUACUACCAUUCUGUUAUUCUCACAAAAUUUCACAGUACUUGACAUCAACACUAAGAAACAUACAAUCAAACUCAAGAGAACAGACCUAUCUCAAAAUCUCUGUUCUCCUCAAUUUGAUGAUAUUGUUUUGUCUUCUUCACCUCUGUUUCACUAUCUCCCACACGUCAAAACCAUCAACAUAUACUUCAAUUGUCCUUCCAAUUUCUCUCAAUUUUUACAUAUAGAAUCUAUUUGUGGAUCUCAGAAUCAAGUAUUUGAUUCUGUUGCUUAUGAUGAGAGGCUGUUAAGGGAUUGCGAGAAUUAUAUUCAAGUGCCUGUAGGAGAAGAUUUUUCCAUGGAGAAAAAUCAUUUAAACCGUGAUGAACUUGUAAGUGGCUUGGAUAAGGGGUUUGAGGUGAAUUAUACUGUUAGUGAGGAAUGUUUACAGUGUUUGGGAAAUCAAGAAGGUGAUUGUAGAUUGAAAAACAUUGAUGAUUUUGAGUCCUCUUGCUAUUAUUGCCCAGAUGGAUCCCAUGCUUCUUCAACCCACUGUUCUUAUCAUCACAGUAGUAAAUUGAAUCUGAGGAGGAAAAUCCUCAUUGGUGUUGCUUCUGCUGUGUUAGGAGCAUUUGCAGUUAUAGUAGCCAUCUAUUUCUAUAGGCGCAGGAAGAAUAAAACUUAUGCAAAGUCAUAUCUACAGUCUCGUAGCCUCUCUUCUGAGCUCACUUCAAAGGAUCCUGAGAAUGGAAGUCAAUACUUCGGAAGAAGUCAAAACUUUGGAGUGCAACAUUUUACUUAUAGUGAACUUGAAGAAGCCACAAACUACUUUGAUCCAUCCAAAGAACUAGGAGAAGGAGGCUUUGGAACGGUGUAUUACGGAAAACUGUAUGACGGGCGAAGUGUUGCGGUGAAGAGGUUAUAUGAGAACAAUUACAAAAGAGUUGAGCAAUUCAAGAAUGAAGUUGAAAUCUUGGCAUCAUUAGUCCAUCCAAAUCUUGUGUCUCUAUACGGAUGUACUUCACGCCACAGUCGCGAACUCCUACUUGUCUACGAGUAUGUUUCUAACGGAACUGUCGCUGAUCAUCUCCGUGGUAAACACGCGAAACAAGGAAAACUUACUUGGCCUAUUAGAAUGAAUAUUGCCGUGGAGACAGCAAGUGCGUUGAAGUAUCUUCAUAUUUCGGAAAUCAUUCACAGAGACAUAAAAACAAAUAAUAUUCUUCUCGACGCUCAUUUUCAUGUCAAGGUAGCGGAUUUUGGACUCUCGCGCCUUUUUCCAUACGAUCAAACUCAUGUUUCAACGGCUCCACAAGGGACUCCGGGUUAUGUGGAUCCUGAGUACCAUCAGUGCUACCAACUUACGGAUAAAAGUGACGUCUAUAGCUUUGGAGUUGUGAUGAUUGAGCUGAUAUCAUCUUUGCCUGCUGUUGAUAUAACAAGACAUAGGCAUGAAAUCAAUUUGGCUAGCAUGGCACUCAACAGAAUUCAAAACCAAGCAUUGCAUGAAAUUGUGGAUCCUACGCUCGGUUUUGAAUCAGAUGCUAAGGUAAAGAAAAUGAUAGUUGCCAUGGGAGAGUUAGCGUUUCAAUGUUUGCAAAGUUCCAAAGAUAUGAGACCUACCAUGGAUGAAGUGUUGGAAAGCUUAAAGGUUAUUCAAAAUGGCGGUAAGCAUAAAAACCAACCCGAGGUAAUGGACAUUUCGAGUUUAUCUGAUGAUGCUGUGCUGCUGAAUCAUGCUCCACCUCCACUAUCACCUGAUUCGAAUGUUCGGAGCAAUUAUACAACACCGAAUACUAGUGGAUAAAUCGGUUUGGUUUGAUAUGUUCUUGAUAGUUUUCAACACUUCAUCCAUACAAGGUUUAUAUUUUUGAAAUUUUGCAAUCACCAAGUUUAUCAAACCUGUAGCAUUCACCAAGUUGCAGCCAGAUAACUUUUUGAAAUCGAGAUGUAUAUAUAGAUGAUAUAAAGUUGCCUUGGUUAUGAAACUUCAUCUUUUGAUGAUUUUAUUUAGAUGUUUAAUAGUAUGUAUUUUUUUGUAAUACUUACAAGUUUAUAUAUGAUGAAUUUCUUUUC